AUGGCUCUCCAGGAUAUUUGCAAACAUGACGACAAAGUACAGGGACAAACCAAAACGGGAUAUCUGUCCCUGUCUGGGAACAGCAGUGGAACUGGACUCAAUAUUAACUUCCCUCUCGGACAAUUCAAGUUUUCUAUCCCAGUGACAGACUACUUAGAAGAGAGUCCACUUCAGUUUGGACAAAUCCCUCAAACUCCCGCCUCUGACCUUUUCUCAACACAACCCAGCCACGUUUCUCUUCCCUCCUUGUCUUCCCACGUCACUCCUCUACCGUUCCCUUUGUCCCACGGAACGACCACUCUGGCGUUCAUCUUCCAGGGAGGUGUCCUGGUGGCGGCGGACACUCGCUCCAGCUGCUCCGGUCAGGUAGCCUGUCCCGCUGCCCAAAAGAUCCUUCCCAUCCACAGCCACCUGGUUGGAACCACCUCUGGAACCUCAGCCGACUGCGCCCUGUGGAAGCGGAUUCUGUCCCGCGAGCUGAGGCUGUACCAGCUAAGGUUUGGACGCCGUUUAUCCACCAGGGGAGCUGCCAAACUACUUUCCCACUUGCUGCACCCAUUCAAAGGGACUGAGGUUUGUGUGGCGGCUACUCUCUGCGGCUGGGAUGGGGGUGAGGUCUCUGGAAGAAGUCCUGGAGGAGUUCUGGAUGCAGCAGAGCAGAAAGCAGAGAGCCAGUGCCCUCCUUCCACAUUGUCUCGCUCUGGGCCCAGUUUGUUCUAUGUGUGCAGUGACGGGACGCGCCUGCAGGGGACGCUCUUCUCGGUGGGGUCGGGGUCUCCGUAUGCGUACUCGGUGUUGGACCAGGGCGUGGAGUGGGGUAUGACGCUGACGGAGGCCGUGGCGUUGGGGAGAGAAGCUGUGUACAGAGCCACACACAGAGACGCCUACUCUGGGAACUGUGUGGACGUCUAUCUGAUAAUUGCAGAGUUUAUUCCAGAGUGUGGGGACGACAGCAGAGGGAGACUGGUCUGA